CCAAUAAACUGGAAGUCGAAUGACUGAAACCUGUUUUAUCGGUACAGUGUCGAUUAACUAUCACACUUGUCAAAACUUGAAAAUUGUCAUAAUAACAAUAAAUAGAGAAGAAAUAGUGCAAAAUUGUACAAGAUGGCGAGUAGUUCAAGGUAUGACACGAAUAAGGUUUGUUGUAAUUCUCAUCCAGAUGCCCCCCUUAUUGAAGAUUACAGAGCAGGCGAUCAGAUUUGCUCCGAAUGCGGUUUAGUAGUAGGUGACAGAGUAAUAGACGUUGGAUCUGAAUGGAGAACCUUCAGCAACGAAAAAUCGGGGGUCGAUCCUUCUCGUGUUGGUGGCCCCGAGAACCCCCUUCUUAACGGCUCAGACCUGACCACAAUGAUAGGCCCCGGUCGAGGGGACGCCUCCUUUGAUAGUUUCGGUGUCGCGCGCUACCAGAACCGUAAAACCAUGAGCAGUUCCGACCGCGCUUUGAUCAACGCUUUUCGUGAAAUCAACGGAAUGGCGGAUCGCAUUAAUCUUCCAAGGACUAUAGUAGACCGUGCUAAUAACUUGUUCAAACAAGUGCAUGAUGGACGUAACUUGAAAGGACGCUCUAACGACGCCAUAGCGUCGGCGUGUCUUUACAUAGCUUGUCGGCAAGAGGGCGUCCCUCGAACGUUCAAAGAAAUCUGCGCCGUCAGUAAAAUUAGUAAACGAGAGAUUGGAAGAUGUUUUAAAUUGAUUUUGAAAGCGCUUGAAACUUCAGUGGAUCUCAUUACCACUGGUGAUUUUAUGUCGAGGUUUUGCUCGAACCUUGGUUUGCCGAAUAUGGUGCAAAGGGCGGCUACGCAUAUUGCAAGGAAGGCGGUGGAGUUGGAUAUUGUUCCAGGGAGAUCGCCGAUUUCUGUAGCUGCAGCUGCUAUUUACAUGGCGUCACAGGCUUCGGAAGACAAACGAAGUCAGAAGGAAAUCGGCGACAUCGCGGGGGUGGCCGACGUCACCAUUCGCCAGUCCUACAAGUUGAUGUACCCCCACGCUGUGAAACUAUUUCCAGAAGAUUUCAAAUUCGCAACGCCAAUCGAUCAGUUACCCCAAAUGUAAAUUCGGAUCCUUGUCACAUUUUGUUUGUCUUUUUUAUGGAAAAAUUGAUGUAAAUUUUAUUUAUAGGUUUUAAGCACUAGGUCGAGUUAGGUAUUUUUUACAAAAACACAUUAGGUACAAUAAUUGAUCUUUUAUAAGAAGAAAUACAGAAAGAAUCGAAAUUGU